GAAAUUACUUCUCCUGUAGAAAGCUCCUUUCUCGUCCUCGUCACUACCUCGAAGCGGCUGGCGUCAUGUCGCAGCUAUACUUCCCCCUGGACCCAACCCGGUUCCAAAUUCGGCUGCUUAGGUUCGAGCCUGCGUCCACGUCUUCUUUCAACGAGCAUGAUCCGACCGUAUCUGAGAGUCCCGAGAACUCCCAGAAAGUGUGUCUUCUACGGUGCGCGAUGGACGUCGUAUCACUCGACGAUGGACCAGAGUUCGUGGCUCUCUCGUACGUCUAGGGGGAUCCAACAAAGACGACGCCUAUGAUUAUCAAUAGCGUAGAGGUAACUAUCACAUGUAAUCUUUAUCACCCCCUUUUCAUGAUGUCACGCAAUAUGAAGACGGUCUAUUUCUGGGUGGAUGCUGUCAGUAUCCACCAAGACGACAACGAUGAGAAGGGCUCUCAAAUCAGCCUCAUGGAGGCAUUCUGGUCGCUCUGUAUGCCCAGCUCCGCCCAUGAGGGUGUGCAGCACUGCUCCUCGGAAUCAGAUGCUGUAAUACAUCGUACUGUCGAAUCUGAUUCAGGGUCCUUGGCGGCAUGCCUGUCACACCGGGCGCCACUGGUAACGCGUCCCAGAUCGCGCAGCAACGGACCCGGAGACAGCGAAGCGGUAACCUCCAAGAUGGCCGGCCAACGCUAGGACAUCACCAUCACCACUCCCCGUCCCAAACAUCUGCAAACAAACCGGAAGUCCUAAAUCCAUUUGCUCACGGCCCUUAGCCAACUGAUCUUUGCAGCUAACCUAAUCUAUGGGCCGUGCCGAUGUACACGCGCAUCUCAACGAAUCACUACAAGCCAGCAGCAUACAUCUCUUGACCUGUUAUCGCGGCUAUCCAGCAAAUCAAAAGCAGCGGGAGCCUAUCCAGGUCGCGGCCCUCAGAAUUGUCUCAAGGUAGAGGCCUCGCUGCACAACAUGAA